UGGUCCAAACUUUGAAAUCGUAACGGUCGUGUUGAAGCUUUGUAAUUUUUGUUACUGUGACAAUUAUUUACAAAGUUUAGAAGAAAAUUGCUGCUGUUUUAGAUAUUAGCAGAGGGAUUUAAUAUUUCAAGAUGGAUCGACUAAAUGAUCUCCUUGCGAAAGCUAAACCCACGUUUUGGAAGAAAGGCAGAUUAGAAACAUUUGAAAAUUGGCCUUUCCAAUCAGGUGAUAAUGAAUGCAAUCCAGAACGAAUGGCAGCUGCAGGAUUUUAUUGUGUUGGAUCGAAAGAAGAACCAGAUUUGGUAGAAUGUUUCAUUUGCUCGAAGCAACUCGAUGGAUGGGAUCCUGAUGAUGAUCCUUGGAGCGAGCACGAGAAACAUCAACCAUCGUGUGCUUUUGUCAACUUGAAUAAACAGGAAGAAGCCUCUUGGACUCUAGAUGAUUUAUACCAUUUACUGCUGGAAACUGCCAAAAAGAGUCUAGAACGUGAUGCAAACCAAUCGAUUAAUAAAGUUAAGGAACACAUGAAGAUAUCGGUGACACAAAUUCCCGGUAUUUGCAAAGCAGUAAGAAGAAGCCAAAAAAAUCCUUCAUAAGUUGAUAAGUUUUUAAUCUAUGAUAGCCAUUGUUGUAAUUAUAAUUCCUAGGAUAAAAAUGUCUUCAUAGAUUAACUUUUUAUAUACUGACGUUAAGAACAACUAAUUUUAAGUAACAAAAGAGUCGUUUCAUUCGUAAAUCUGUGUUUUAUACCUUGUUUACGGUGAGUGCUGAUUAUUGUUCCAAUAUUUUGUAUGCUAUUACUAGAUAUAAAAAAGUGACGCAUGAGCUGGUUUUGAUUAAUUACAGUGGUCAACAUAUCAGAUGUGGAUUUGGUUUCUUCAGUCAUUUUCCUUUUUUUGUGCACUUCAGAAAACAUAGAAAAAUUGAGUUGCCAGAUUCGGAUUCAUUGACCAAAACUACGAGAAAUGACUGAAACAACCCAAUUUAUAUCUGAGGUGUCGACCUCAGUAAUGUGAUUACUUGACACUCAACAUUUAUUCAAUAGCUUUCUAUUCGGGUCAAUACUUAUGAAUAUUGUUCAAUAUUUAUUGAAGACUUCGAUAUUCUACCAAGAUUUCGAUAAUAUGUUCGUCUAUGAUUUAUAUACCAACUGAAGUAUUAAUUAAAAAUAAAUUUAAAAAGCUCAUCA